AUGUGUAAGCGAGAAUUACAUGCUGAUGCCACUUUUAGAAUAGUUCCUUCAAAGCCUAAAUGUUACCAACUUUUGACAUUACACGGUGUAAUAGAAAAUCAUAGUAUACCACUAGUUUAUGCUUUGAUGGAGUCCAAGAAGAAAUGUAGUUACCAAGCUGUGUUAAGUUACAUUAAAACUCAACUUCUACCACACUUUAACCCCCGUAAAAUACUAACUGAUUUUGAAACUGGAUUGAGUAAAACAUUGCAAGACAACUUUCCUUCUGCGAGACGGAUUGGUUGCUGGUUUCAUCACAACCAAGCAGUGUGGAAGAAGAUGAAAAGUCUUGGGUAUUUCAAUUUGGUGAAUGAAAAUCGACAUGCUCUUAAUACAUUAAGACACAUUAUGGUGCUACCCUUGUUACCUGGAGAUAAAAUCGAUCAAGGCCUAAGAUCUGUAAAGAGAUAUGCACGAAGAAAUGAUAUUAAUAUGAACCUACUAUUUGAUUAUUAUGAAAGGUUUUGGAUUGCCAAAGUAGGAUGUGAUGUAUUAUCUGUUCAUAAUCAACCUAGGAGAACAAACAACCAUCUAGAAUCAUUUCACAAUAAGUUGAGAUAUUCCUUUGGAGUGGCACACCCAAAUCUGUGGACAUUUCUUAAUAAGUUGUGUAAUUUAAUGCAAGGUACAUCGAUCGUAGUAAACCAACUAUCGAAUGGGCUGAAUCCCACAAGGAAUACAAGAGGAAAAUUUAUUGUUAAUAGUGUAAAAAUAAAAUAUGCUACUCAACAACUUACUACAUCUUGGUCUCAUUAA